AUGUCAUCUCCCACCGCCCCAGCCUGGCUCAACAACGGUGACAAUGCCUGGCAGCUCACGGCCGCCAGUCUGGUCGGCCUGCAGAGCAUCCCGGGCCUGGUGGUGCUCUACGCCGGCAUCGUGAAGCGGAAAUGGGCCAUCAACUCCGCCUUCAUGGCCUUCUACGCCUUCGCCGCCGUGCUCAUCUGCUGGGUUGUCUGGGCUUACAAGAUGGGCUUCGGCGAGCAAUGGGGUGCUGCCCCCUUCGUGGGCACGCCCGGUCCGGUCGUCGCCAUGGACUACGAGCUGCGCCAGUCGUCUCUCCCCGCUGCGGGCGUCUCUCAGGCCUUCCCUCUCUCGACCAUGGUGUAUUUCCAGUUCGUCUUCGCGGCCAUCACCGUCGUCAUCAUGGCGGGCGCGUUCCUGGGCCGCAUGAACUUCACUGCCUGGAUGGUCUUUGUGCCACUCUGGAUCACCUUUUCGGACUGCAGGGUUUAUCGGUGCUGCGGUGAUUGGACCCCGUCUGCCUCGGGACCGCGAAGACACGCGGCCGAACAACAUCCUCUUCGUGCUGGUUGGCGCUGGCAUCCUGUGGAUUGGAUGGAACGGAUUCAACGGGGGGACCCGUACACGGCGAGUCCGGAUGCUGGAGCAGCCGUGCUGAACACCGACAUCGCGACCGCCAUGAGCACCCUCGUCUGGACGAUCAUGGAUAUUAUCUUCUACGGGAAACCGGCGGUGAUCGGGGCGGUGCAGGGGAUGAUCACGGGCCUGGUGGCCAUCACUCCUGCGGCCGGAGUCGUUGCAGGAUGGGGAGCGGUCAUCAUUGGCGCCUGCUCAGGGAGCAUCCCGUGGAUAUCGCUGAACGUGCUAGGCAAGCGAGUAUCCCUAUUCAAGCACGUAGACGACACGCUGGAUGUAUUCCACACGCACGCCGUAGCCGGCUUCCUGGGCGGAUUCCUAGUCGGCCUGUUCGCGACGAAAGAAGGAUGCGCCGCUUUCGCACUGACAUCUCCGGGCGGCGCCAUCGAAGGGAACGGGAAACAGGUGUGGCUGCAGAUCGUAGGCGCGCUGUUCAUCAUCGCGCUGAACCUGUUCAUGACGCCGCUGAUCCUGUUCUUCAUCAAGUACGUCCUGCGCAUUCCGCUGCGCAUGCCGGAAGAAGUGCUCUUGAUCGGCGACGACGCCAUUCACUGGGAAGAAGCGUACGGAUUCACGUUGGAUGCGCAUCACAGCGAGACACCCGGCAGGAUUGUUGGCAGUGAUCCUGAGGCUGGGCGGUUGAGUCUGCCGCAGUCGAUUGGGGGGAAUGAGACUGAGGCGAAGUCGAAUGGACCGAAGGCUGAUUAG